UCUUCUCCUCACACUCACAGCUCUCUCUCAGUGCUCAUGAAGUUCAGCUCUUAUCAUCACCUAUCCGUUCAGUGAUCUUUUUGUCUGAUUUAUUUAUUAUAGGAAUUUCAUUCCGUCUGGAGAUGUGACUUCGUGGAAGUGAUUUUGUGGGUAGUUUGUGGUUACGUUCGCCGGAUGCAUUGGACACGUGCCCUAUGUUCUGUAGAUACCAUAAUUUUGUUGAUGGAGAGGAUUUCGAAUGACAGCCGGCACAGUGGUCAUCACAGGUGGAAUUCUGGCUGCCGUCAUCUUGCUAACUAUUGUCACAGUUCUGUGUUACUGUAGGCUGCAGUAUUACUGCUGUAAAAGAGAUGAGUCGGAGGAGGGGGAGGAGGAGGCUGACGUUGCCAAGGCAUCUCCAAAUCCACUGCACCAACCGAGUUCACCUGAGAGUCCGCUGAGUCUCCAACACUUCCCUGAAUACACGUCCUCCAAUCAGCUGCUAAUGACUGCAGAGCCUUUUGAGGCCAACGGACCGGUCAGUUAUCCUCAAUACAUACCGCGGGUGCCCAACAGGCCGCCCCGCUCGUACACUUUCUGCCCGUCCUGCUCGGGGUAUCUGCCGCUCUACAUGAGCCCACAGGAGGGGCAGCGUAAUGGAGGUGGCAGGAUCAGCUACAGGACUCUGCAGCAGGAGGAAUUAGACCUGCCAAUGGAGACGCCCAGCUUCCACAAACUCAACCUCAUCCGCUCUGUCACCAUGCAGGAAGUGCUGACGCAUCACAGCAUCAGCACCGAUGUGUAGCACCUCGUAUUCACGUGAAGUAUUCUGUGAUUCACUUUCAUUAUCCUGCUCUCUGUACCCAAUGCUUUAUUUAGAUCUAUCCAAUACAUGAUCUUCAUUCAUUCAUUUAGAAGGAUA